GAAAUGGUGUGAAGGUGUAUGAUAGUGAAACAUUUUACUAUAAAUACGAAACUACUGAUGAAAAUGUUAAGUAAACGAAAAUGAAGCUAUUGUACUAUUUGGCCGGAAGCACACUUCUUGCUGUGUGCAUGACUUAUGAGAUGUCUUCAAGGACAUUGCCAGAAAACCUUUUACUGGGAAUAGGAUCGUCAGCUUAUCAAUACGAAGGUGCUUGGGAUACCGAUGGCAGAGGACCAUGUAUAUGGGAUUCUGCAGCCCAUAGUAUACCAUCGUUUAUAAAAGAUGGAAGUACUGCUGAUGUCACCGUAGAUUUCUACCAUCACUACAAGGACGAUAUUCAAAUCAUGAAAGAAAUGGGGUUACAAUUCGUCAAAAUAUCCAUAUCUUGGACCAGAAUUCUACCUACGGGUUACUCUAACAAAGUUAACCUAGCUGGCAUCGAUUUUUACAAUAACGUAAUAGAUGAACUUAUAGAAAAUAAUAUAAUACCUUUAGUGACGUUAUAUCAUUGGGAUCUGCCGCAGAUUUUUCAAGAUAUGGGUGGCUGGACGAAUGUAGAAAUAGUAAACUUAUUCGAGGACUUUGCUAGAGUAGUUUUCGAUAAUUUCGGUGAUAGAGUUAAGUUAUGGAGUACCAUUAAUGAACCCUUGUCAAUUUGUGCCGGGUAUGAAAGCUCCUCUGUGUUUGCACCCUUUUUGGAGUUAUCAGGCACAGGAUCAUAUUUAUGUGCAAAAAAUAUGCUUCUAGCACAUGCUAGAGUAUACCGAUUAUAUGAUGAGAACUACAGACAACCUCAGCAAGGAAAAAUCGGUAUUAUAUUCGACGCUGAAUGGUAUGAACCUUUAACUGAUUCGGCAGAAGACCGACAGGCUGCAGCAGAUUAUUUGGAUUUUCAGUUGGGGAUAUACGCAAAUCCUAUAUUUUCAUCUACUGGAGACUUCCCAUCAUCAGUAAAAGAGAUGGUUGGAGCCAAAAGCCUAGCUCAAGGUUUCAUAAGAUCUCGCUUACCAGAGUUAUCUGAUGAGGAAAUAGAGUUUAUCAAGGGCAGUGCUGAUUACUUCGGCAUCAACUUGUACAGCAACAUCUAUGUGUACAGAAAUGCUUCGGUAUAUACCAUGUAUAGUUCCCCAUCUUCGGACGAUGACGCUGGUGUUGGUCAAGUCACGGAUAAUUCGUGGUCAGAUUCCGGAUAUACAGAUGGAAAUACGCAAGUCCCCUGCUCUUUCUACAAAUUGCUGAUGAAAAUUAAGGAACUUUACAACGAUCCUAUAAUACUGAUCACUGAAAACGGUUUGUCUACUGAUGGUGGAUUAGAUGACUAUGAUAGGCUCGCUUAUAUCAGAGGUUAUCUGAAUGGUGUAGUUGAUGCUAUAGAAGACGGCUGUAAUGUCCUCACGUAUGCUGUUUGGAGUUUAUUCGAUAAUUUCGAAUGGAGCCAAGGAUAUACUCGAAAGUACGGAUUAUUCGAAGUGGACUUCACAAGCCCGAAUCGCACGAGAACUGCCAGGGAAUCCGCCCUCUUUUACAGAUACGUGGCUACCACAAGAAUUCUAGAUAGAAAUACCAUCCGGUGUGGACUUCACACAAAUUUAUAA